AAAUGGCAUCCACUACUCACCUAGUCACCUGCGUUGUGCGUGUGCAGCUGGUGCUCUGUCUUCCACUCUUCCGUUCAUCGUCUAGGUACAUGUGCAUGCCAUUGCCAGGCGCUGUCCAACCUGUCAAGAUGGAAUCCUACGCCAACGGAGCCAAAUUUGAUUGCUUGCUGUUUGACAUGGAUGACACCCUCUACCCACUGAGCUUAGGAAUCAACUUAGCCUGCCGCAACAACAUCCAAGACUACAUGCUGAACAAGCUUCAGAUCGAGGAGAGCCUGGUCCCCAAGAUGUGCCUGGAUCUGUACAAAGAAUAUGGAACUACGAUGGCCGGUCUGAAGCUUAUGGGUUACGAAUUCGACUACGACGAAUUCCACGCCAGCGUGCACGGUAAAUUGCCAUACGAGAAGCUGAAGCCGGACCCUGUCCUGAGGAACCUGCUGCUUUCGAUGCCACAGAGGAAAAUCAUAUUCACCAAUUCUGACGAGGCCCACGCGGCGACCGUCCUGGAGAAGAUGGGGCUGGAGGGAUGCUUCGAGGGGAUCAUAUGCUUCGAGACCCUGAACCCCAAGAAUCCAGGUGACACAGACGCUAGCUCUGGCAAGAGGGUCCUCUGCAAGCCGUCCCUGGAGUCCAUGGAAGCCGUGGUGGAGAUCGCCAAGCUCGACCCCAAGAAGACAGUGUUCUUCGACGACAGCCCGCGCAACAUCGCCUCAGGGAAAGCGGCAGGCUUCCAUACCGUCAUCGUAGGGAGCUCGGCGCUCGUGCCCGGGGCGGACGUGGCGCUAGAGAGCAUCCACAACAUCAGGGAGGCGCUGCCGGAGCUCUGGGAGGCGGGCGGCGACCACGUCGAGGCCGCCGUCGACAUCCGGUCCGCCGCCGUCGCCGAGACCACGGUGCUCGCGUGAGCCGCCGGCGCUGCCUGCCAGAUGAUUAAUAUGCUUCGUCCGCCUUGACUAUAUUAACAGAAAAAAGGCGAAGGCGAACGACUGAAUCCAGGAAAAACCCGUAUAUGCUAUGGUUUACUCGACCAUGAUCCAUGGUGAUCAGUGAUCACUGAUGAAUGCGUAGGUAUUGAAUGUACAGGUGUACUACUUGUGUACUCAUGUGAUCGAAACACCGUAACAAUAAGCACCGUAAAUCCGUAAAGAUUCGCUCAUUCAGAUGGAGGCAAUGGAAAAAUUGCAAAUGCCAUGUGAUAUUUUAUCAUUCUUAUGAAAAAGAUUCAGAUCUACUAUUAUAUAAGUUCA